CCUGGGUUAGCCAAGCUUAGCAAGCCCUUUCACUUCUUUCGGAGCUUUUUGCUGACUCCAAAUUUAGCGCGCCGCGUUCAACUGACCUCCUGCGAAGAACUUGUCAACGAGUCACUCGUCCGGGAAUUUACCGCCUGAGCGGCCCAGUGACCUGAUGCACUGCGCCCGGACAUCGAGGCAGGAGCGCGCGUCCUUCUGGAUGGCAAUGCAUCGAGAGCCGGAAGGCCCUUCAGCCUUCCUCGUGAUACAGCCGACAAAUCUCCUUGGCGUCCAUGUUUUGCCUUUGACUACGUCGUCCGAGAGGUCCGACCCGUAUAAAAUGUGGGGAGAGAGAACGAGAACACCAGCUUCCAAGUCUUCAAAGUUGCGAUGUUCCCUACUACUGCUCUCUUCGCUCUCUGUCUCGCUGCUGUGUCUCAGGCGCAGCAGAUCGGCACUCUGCAAUCGGAAGUACACCCGACUCUCACCACGCAGCAGUGCACAGCCGGCGGAAGCUGCACCACUUCGCAGAAUGCGGUCGUUCUCGACUCGAACUGGCGCUGGACUCACUCUACGUCGUCAGCCACCAACUGCUACACCGGCAACACCUGGAACGCCGCUCUCUGCCCCGACGCCACGACCUGUGCGCAGAACUGCGCUCUCGACGGCGCCAACUACCAGGGCACCUACGGAGUGUCCACCUCCGGCAAUGCUCUGACGCUCAAGUUCCUCACUGGUUCCAACGUCGGCAGCCGAGUGUACCUGAUGGCGGACAACACCCACUACGAGAUGUUCCAAUUGCUCAACCAGGAGUUCACCUUCACCGUCGAUGCCUCGCAGCUCGGCUGUGGUCUCAACGGCGCGCUCUACUUGACCGAGAUGGAUGCCGACGGUGGUGUGUCUCGCUUCCCGAACAACAAGGCCGGUGCCCAGUACGGAACCGGCUACUGUGACGCGCAGUGCCCUCAAGAUCUCAAGUUCAUCAACGGAUUGGCCAACUCUGCCAACUGGACGCCGUCUACGAACGACCCCAACACUGGCACUGGUACGAUGGGAACCUGCUGUAACGAGAUGGACAUCUGGGAGGCCAAUAAGUGGGACACUGCCUACACGCCUCACUCGUGCUCUGUCGUCGGCCAGACCAUGUGCACUGGUACCAACUGCGGUGCCGGCAGCGACCGCUACAAGGCUCUCUGCGACAAGGAUGGUUGCGACUUCAACACCUACCGCUGGGGCGACAGCAGCUUCUUCGGACCUGGUCUCACCAUCGACACCACUCAGCCGGUCACCGUCGUCACUCAGUUCCUCACCAACGACAACACCACGACUGGGACGCUGUCCGAGAUCCGCCGUCUCUACGUGCAGGGCGGCAAGGUUUUCCAGAACGCUCCUGCCAAGACUCCUGGCCUCACUCAGUUCAACUCGGUUACCGACGCGUUCUGCAACGCGCAGAAGAACAUCACCGGAGAUACCAACAGCUUCGAGGCCCGCGGCGGUCUUGCAACGAUGAGUGCUGCGCUCAAGCGCGGCAUGGUUUUGGCGCUCUCGCUCUGGGACGAUGACACCGCUGGAAUGCUCUGGCUCGACGCUGCCUACCCGACCAACAGCAGCGCCUCUGCUCCCGGUGUAACGCGUGGACCCUGCACCGCCACUUCCGGUGACCCCAAGACCGUCCAAGCCCAGCAGCCGAACGCCCAGGUCAUCUUCUCGAACAUCAAGACCGGCCCGAUCGGCUCUACCUUCAGCGGCACGACCACCGGCGGCGGCUCGGGAACGACCACCUCGGCUACGACACACUCGACCAGCACUGUCUCCUCGGCGACCACGAGCUCUGGCUCUAGCUCUACCGGCGGAACGAUCCCCAAGUUCGGACAGUGCGGUGGCCAAGGAUGGACUGGCUCUGGAACAUGUGCAUCUGGAAGCACCUGUGUCUUCAGCAACCCAUAUCUCACUGAGAGUAAUAACAUAAGUGCCAUUCAUAACACACUGGUCAUUAACUUGCGAGCGCACAUCCACCUCUUCCUCGCCUCGCUGCCAUCUACAUCUGCUUCACCACAUCACACUGAGUUCGAGGCUGUGCUUGCGAAGGGAAACCAGGAAUUCAUCGGCUUACUCGCCGAAUGGCUUGCAGCUCAAGAGCUGACUGUACUCGUUGCGCGGGCGUUCCGGCCGUUGCUGGUCGAGAUAUGUGCGCGAUGGCCGGACGAUGGAGGGAUCAGGGACACGUCUGAGGGAUCGGAGGGAAUUCGUACUGUGGAUAGACUAGUCGCAAUCUGUGCGCUCGUGAAGGUGUACGACGAACUAUUCCCUCAGCACAUCUACAGCCCUACGGUCGCUGGCGCUGAAUAUCAGGCACCGCCAGCACUACUGACAUCUCCGCCUUCGUCUGACAAAUCCUUACUGCUUACCCAUCUAUCCUUGCUGCUUCACACGACGCUGAUACCUAUUCAUCUCUCCGACACGUCUUUGGACGCGCGGUCGCUGCUGGGGUCGUACAUGUCAUCACCGACGCAGCCGGGCACAUUCGAAUGGCGCGAUGGCGCGCUGGUCCGUGCCAUGCGACAAGGCAAAUGGAUCGUUCUCGAGGACAUCGACCGGGCGACAUCCGAGGUGCUGGGUGUCCUCAAGCCCCUCGUCGAAUCUCUCGGCGCAGGGAAAUGGAUCGGCCAGCGGGCGUCGGUGGUCGUGCCUGGUCGCGAACGAGUCGUUGCCGCGGACGGGUUCGCGCUGUUUGCGACCCGUUCCGGAUCCGGGCCGGCGACCUUUUUUGGCGCGCACAAGUUUGCAGAGGUGGUGCUCCCGUCGCCGAGUAUCGCCGAGCUCGAGACAGUCGUCGCUGUGCGAUUCCCACGGCUUGCAGGUGGGGUAGCGCGAGCGGUGGUGAGCAUGUGGGAUGCGGUCCGGCUGCUGGGCAGCGUCACGUCGACGCGAGAUGUCGGCUUGCGAGAGCUGGAGAAGUUCUGCGAGCGCGUGACAAGGCUGAUCCCCGCGAAUACCGAUCUGCUCUCGGGCCUCAACCCCACGCUGCGGGAAGACAUCUUCCUCGAGGCGCGGGACGUGUUCUUCGGCUCCGGCGCACCGAACGCAUCAGCCAAAGCGCACCUCGACGCUAUCGCCGUUUGUCAGGGUUUGUUUGCUGCCUGGGGCGGAGAGGUUUUGGAGAAGCUGAUCGGGUUCAACACCGCAUUGAAUGAAGAGGUGUCGGUCAAGAGGAGCUUUGGCCGAGCAGGCAGCAGACCACAGGACCUCUUGAGGAACGUGUACCUCGACCGUUUCCGGGACGUGGAGGACCGCAGAAAGGCAGCAGCGCUCUUCGAGUCUGUCUUCCUCGAAGAAGCAACAACUACGGCGCCCAAGUGGGCCGUCACGCCCAUCUAUGUGCAGACUGGCAACUUCCAAACGUCGCGUCACGCGGGAUCUACAGCACUGUCUCGCCCUCCGCGAAUCCUGCCCAACCAUCUGUCCGCGCUCGAAUCUCUGGGUCUUUGUGUGUCGCAGAACUGGCUCGCGAUUCUGACUGGGCCGAAGAAUACCGGCAAGUCAUUCGUGGUCCACCUUCUGGCCGAUCUGUGUGGUACACCGCUGCACAGCGCCACUGACACCGGCGACCUCCUGGGGUCAUUUGAGCAGCUCUCCGGCGGUGGCUUUGCCUGGAUCGCGGGGCCGCUGGUGGAGGCGAUGCAGUGUGGGACCUGGCUUCUCCUCGACGACGCAAAUCAGUGCCCGCCGUCCGUCCUGGACCGGCUCAACUCGCUCUGCGAACCAGGCGGCGUGCUCACCCUGAGCGAACGUGGGUUCGUCGAUGGCGCUGUGCCCGUGAUCCGCCCCCAUCCGGGCUUCCGACUGUUCAUGGCGCUUGAUCCCGCGAACGGCGAGCUGUCGAGGGCCAUGCAGAACCGAGGUCUGGAGGUUGCGCUUGGUCUGCUGCUCUUGGCGCACGCGACAGGCAGAGAGAUCGACCAUGAUUCCGCUGGGUCCGCUGUGCUCGAUCUUACCGGGGUGCAAUCCCCCAUCAGAGUCCCCGCCCGACAGCAUCUCGCUGCGCACGCUGUGUCGGCAGUCUAUGCCCGGUACUUCCAGCGGUUCACGCAGACCAUUCCCGAGCUGCGUGUGGCGGGGAGAAUGAGAGAGGCCCAUUACACAGCAUACGCCUCGAGAUGGGGUGUUCCGGUCGAAUUCGUUGCUGCUCAGGCGCAGCAGAUCAGCACCCUGCAAUCGGAAGUACACCCGACUCUCACCACUCAGCAGUGCACAGCGGGCGGAAGCUGCACUACGACGCAGAAUGCGAUCGUCCUCGACUCCAACUGGCGCUGGACUCACUCGACGUCGUCCGCGACCAACUGCUACACCGGCAACACCUGGAACGCCGCUCUCUGCCCCGACGCCACGACUUGCGCGCAGAACUGUGCUCUCGACGGCGCCAACUACCAGAGCACGUACGGAAUCACGACCACCGGCAAUGCCGUGACGCUCAAGUUCCUGACUGGCUCGAACGUCGGUAGCCGAGUGUACCUGAUGGCGGACAACACUCAUUACGAGAUGUUCCAAUUGCUCAACCAGGAGUUCACCUUCACUGUGGACGUAUCUCAACUCGGCUGUGGUCUCAACGGCGCGCUCUACCUGACCGAGAUGGACGCCGACGGUGGUGUGUCUCGCUUCCCGAAUAACAAGGCCGGUGCCCAGUACGGAGCCGGCUACUGUGACGCGCAGUGCCCUCAAGAUCUCAAGUUCAUCAACGGAUUGGCCAACUCUGCCAACUGGACGCCCUCCACAAACGACCCCAACUCGGGUACUGGCACGAUGGGAACUUGCUGCAACGAAAUGGACAUCUGGGAGUCCAACAAGUUCGACGCGGCGCUCACGCCUCACCCUUGCUCUGCCGUUGGGCAGACGAUGUGCACUGGCACCGACUGCGGUGCCGGCAGCGACCGCUACAACGGUCUGUGCGACAAAGAUGGUUGUGACUUCAACAACUUCCGCUGGGGCGAUAGCAGCUUCUUCGGACCCGGUCUCACCAUCGACACGACUCAGCCGGUCACGGUCGUGACCCAGUUCCUCACCAACGACAACACCACGACUGGGACGCUGUCCGAGAUCCGCCGUCUCUACGUGCAGGGCGGCAAGGUCAUCCGGAACUCUCCGGCCAAGACUCCUGGCCUCACUCAGUUCAACUCGGUCACCGACGCGUUCUGCAACGCACAAAAGAACAUCACCGGAGAUACCAACAGCUUCGAGGCCCGCGGCGGUCUUGGCACGAUGAGUGCUUCGCUGAAGCGCGGCAUGGUUUUGGCCCUCUCAGUCUGGGACGAUGACGCCGUUGGAAUGCUCUGGCUCGAUGGACAGCAAUACCCGUCCACGAAGAGCGCCUCGGCCCCUGGUGUUGCGCGUGGACCCUGCUCGGCGACCUCUGGGGAUCCCAAGACCGUUCAGGCCCAGCAGCCCAAUGCCCAAGUCACCUUCUCGGACAUCAAGACCGGCCCGAUCGGCUCUACCUUCAGCGGCACGACCACCGGCGGCGGCUCGGGAACGACCACCUCGGCUACGACACACUCGACCAGCACUGUCUCUUCGGCGACCACGAGCUCUGGUUCCAGCUCUACUGGCGGAACCAUCCCCAAAUUCGGACAGUGCGGUGGCCAAGGCUGGACUGGCUCGGGAACCUGUGCGGCCGGAAGCACCUGCGUGUUCAGCAACCCAUUCUACUCUCAGUGCCUGUAAACGAUUGAGGCACGUGAAAUGAUUCAAUAGCUCUCUGUACAGUACGCGCACCCUGCUGUGUCAUACGAUUUGAAUGAACGGGACCGCUACAAUUCUCUUCAC